AUGUCCUCCCCAGGCAUCGUCCUCAUCCUCGGCGCCGGCCCCCGCAUCGGCGCCGCCAUCGCAGAACGCUUCUCCUCCAUCGGCUACAAAGUCGCCCUCGCCUCCCGCACCGGGGGCAGCAAAGCAGCCAACAAAACCCCCUCCAACACCAACACCAACACCCUCUCCCUCACCGCCGACUUCUCCCAACCCUCCACCAUCCCCUCCAUCUUCACCACCAUCAAAGAAACCUUCUCCUCCCCUCCCAACGUCAUCAUCUACAACGCCGGCUCGCUCACGCCCCCAGCCGUGAAAGACGACCCCCUCUCCGUCCCCGCCGAGGACGUCCAGAAGGACUUUCUUGUCAAUGUCGUCACGCCGUAUGUUGCCGCGCACGAGGCUACGAAGGCGUGGGAGGAGUUGGGAGGGGAUGUGAAGAAGACCUUCAUCUAUACGGGGAACAUUACUAAUGUCGCUAUCGUUCCCAUGCCGAUGAUGGUCGACGUGGGUAUGGGCAAGGCCGCGGCGGCUUAUUGGAUUGGGAUGGCGGAUGCGGCGCAUAGGGGGAAGGGGUAUAGGUUCCACUAUGCGGAUGAACGGCACGCGGAUGGGCGUUUGAAGGGACAGGACGUGGACGGGGAGGCGCACGCGGAGUUUUAUGAACAGUUGGCGGCGCAUGAGGGCGAUGUGCCGUGGCAUGCGACUUUUGUUAAGGGGAAGGGCUACGUGAAGUUUUGA